GAGCUGGUUUCAUCAGAUAUUCAUAAUUUUAAGUACCGUUCAAGAAGCGUCUGGCUAUCGUCGUACACUAGGUCAUGGUGUCCAACAAGGGGCUCAGUUUAUUUAUUAUUUUGCUGUUUAUUGAAAACUCUCUGCAGCUCUGCGUGUCUAAUUCCGCCAUCACGAGCUGCUCGCAACUAACCCUAAUCCGAAACCAACCCCUAUCGAUCGCCAAUUACAAGAGAUAUUUGGAAAUAUCUGGAGGUACUCUUGAGUGGAUACCUGCAAGAACAUUUAGUAAAGUAUCGCUCAUAACGGUUCUUCAAUUAAGCCGCAAUAAAAUCAAAACAUUGGAAGAAGAUUCGUUCUCGGGACUGCAGGAUCUAACGAAAUUAAAUCUGUACGACAACAAAUUGGAAUUCGUAGGAAAAUUCUUUAAAGAAUGCAGCAAACUUGAACAAUUGGAUUUGGGUAUGAACAAAGUUGCCACCAUCACUAACGACGCUUUCCAUGGACUCAAUUCUCUGGUUGAGUUGAAUCUGGGUUUCAAUUCACUGGCCUUGGUACCCGAAGCUGUAAAUUCGCUCCCAACGUUAAAAGAAUUAUCUUUAAACAAUAACAAUAUUCAGAUUUUGCCUGCCAAAGUUUUUAGCAACUUGAAAAAUCUGGAGACGUUAGCGCUAAAUGACAAUCGAAUAGCUCAAAUAUACGAAAAUGCAUUCGGAGGGUUGCGAAAUCUGAAAAAACUUGCGCUUAACUCAAAUUACGUAACAGAUAUUGAUGUGGACGAUACGCUUCAGGAUUUGUCGGCUCUGUCGUUGUUAAACUUGAACAUCAAUUCAUUUAGCUGCCGAAAUUUGGAGAAGAUCGUUUCAAAACUAAACCGCAAAAAUGUCAAUGUGCCAAUGGGGACUUCAAAGUCCCGAAACAGUUUUCACGGUAUCAGUUGUACCCUAAAUUGAGUUUUAUAAACUUUACAUUUUUUGAUGGAAUUGUUUCUUUUCUCAUUAUUUUUCAAAUACCACACGUUAUAUUGGGACUACAUGCGCGAUUUCAAAAAUAUUCGCUUUUGAGAUACAUAAUGAACUUGCUUCUGUUUUUGCAGACUACGUCAAAUCAUUUGUUGUGUAGCUCGGUGGG